UUUCUCAAAUCUAAUCCCUUUCAAACCCCAAUUCAAUCCAUCUCCUCAAAUACAAAACAUACACAAAGAGACCAUCCAAUUAAUCCCAUGGCUUCUUUACAAACCACUGCUAUACUCUCCUCAUCCUUUUCUUCUCUACCCAAAGUCAACGCCUCUCUCCAUGUCCCUCUUCCUCCACGAGUAGUCACUCAUUCGGUUCCAAAGCUACCUAAGAGAAAGCUGCAGAUUGAUCAAUUUAAUGGAUCAUUAGAGAAGAAUGCCGUCACCAAACGAAUUUAUGAAGAUUUGUGCAGCCCUAGCAACAAAUCUAAUAAAGCCACUAUUCAACUCUACGCAAUUCUAGAGGAAGUUGCCGACAGAAUAGAAAUGCACAGAAACAUUGGCGAACAAAGAAACAACUGGAACACCCUUCUUCUAAACUCCAUUAAUAUCAUCACUCUCACUGCCACAGCCAUGGCUGGUGUUGCUGCAGCCACCAGCGGUGACACUGCACCUCUUUUUGCCAUGAAACUGUCUUCCACUCUCUUGUUUUCUGCUGCCACUGGGAUGUCACUUAUCAUGAACAAAAUUCAGCCUUCGCAACUGGCUGAGGAGCAACGCAAUGCCACAAGGUUGUUCAAACAGCUUCACACUCAAAUACAAACCACAAUCGCUAUUGGAAAUCCAACAGAAGAAGAUGUGAAGACUUCAAUGGAGAAGGUCUUAGCGCUUGACAAAGCUUACCCUCUUCCCUUGUUGGGAGCCAUGCUUGACAAGUUUCCCGCCAAAUAUGAACCUGCUGUUUGGUGGCCUUCAUCACAGUUCCAAAGAAGAAGUAAAAGAGAAGAAAGCAACAGGAACAGGAUUAAUGGAUGGAGUGAAGAUCUUGAAAUGGAGCUGAGGGAAGUGAUUGAAGUGGUAAAGAAGAAGGACUUAGAGGACUAUGAGAGGCUGGGGAACAUAGCGUUGAAGAUAAACAAGAGUUUGGCGAUUGCAGGUCCUUUACUGAGUGGGAUUGCAGCAGUGGGGUCUUCAUUUGUGGGAAAUGGGUCGUGGGUUGCAUUAGUGCCUCUCGUGGCUGGAUCAUUGGCUUCAGCAGUUAAUAGUCUUGAGCAUGGUGGACAAGUUGGCAUGGUCUUUGAAAUGUACAGAAACUGUGGUGGAUUCUUCACGCUCUUGGAAGAGAGCAUUAAUGCCACACUUGAAGAGAAAAACAUGGACAAAAGAGAAAACGGAGAGGUGUUUGAAAUGAAGGUAGCAAUGAAGUUGGGAAGAACCGUUUCAGAGUUGAGACGUCUUGCCUCUAAAUCUGCUUCCUGUCGCAUCCAAGGAAUUGCUGUAGACGAAUUCGCUAGCAAGCUUUUCUAAUUGAGACAACAUUUUUUCAAGAACAACACAUUCUUUUAUUCUUUAUUAAUUAAUUCAUUGUAUAGUCCUCUGACAUGUA